AAGCAGGGUAUCUGAUACUCGAGCAAUUUCUAAAAGAAUUGGAAUAUAUUGGAUUGAUAUACUUUACCGAUGAUAAGCUUUCACGAGCCCCAUUUAAUAUGAUCUCACAUGGAUGUUCCAGUAUGUUUUAUUUGUAUAACCAUUUUCUGCACGUAUUUUUGUUUAAUUUAUCGCCGAUGUGAUUUUUUAGUUUAAUCUGUAGGUGUCACUCUUUUUAAUAAAUGUCAGGCUAGACACAUGGAAUUUACAAUAGUUCAAAUCAAAUUCGAACACGAAGCUCAUUACUUAGCUUCUUAUUUUGAAAAAGAAAAAAUUCAGUAAUUUCACACCAUGGCCGAGGAGAUGGAGGUUGAGGAGACGGAGGACUUCCACGACAUGGACUUCAAUGACGAAGAGCCCUCCUGCAGUGGAGGAGCUGGUCAAGCCAGGACGGAGCGCUUUGUGGUGAAGAAGUGGGUGGCGCACGCCAUGUGGGGAUGGGACGUAGCAGUGGACAACUGUGCCAUCUGCCGUAACCACAUUAUGAACCUGUGCAUCGAGUGCCAGGCGGACCCGAAUGCCAACCAAGACGAGUGCACUGUGGCUUGGGGCGAGUGCAACCACGCUUUCCAUUACCACUGCAUCGCGCGCUGGUUGAAGACGCGCCUCGUCUGCCCGCUGGACAACAAGGAGUGGGUCUACCAGAAGUACGGCCACUAGUGAGGGAUUUGGUUGGAUAUGGAGCGGGGCAGGGGGUGGUGACAUAUGUUUGCUGGCAUGUAUUAAAUGUAAUUAAAUUAGAGUUGACUUG